AUGAAAUACGCGCUCACUUUCGUCUUCAUUGCGCUGUUUGCACUUACCAUGGCUGCGCCAGGCGAUGAACAACACGUCGAAAUUUUGCGUCAGGAUGCUGAUAUUGCGCCCGAAAGCUACAAAUACGGUUUCGAGACAAGCGAUGGCACUCAGCAUGACGAAGAGGGUCAGCUGAAGAACGUUGGCACCGACGAUGAAGCGAUCGUUGUAAAGGGCUCAUACAAAUAUGUGGGGGACGAUGGUGUCACCUAUCAAGUGAGCUACACUGCCGACGAGAAUGGUUUCCAGCCGGUGGGUGAACACUUGCCAAAGGCUUAA